AUGAGUCAACGCCAAAACAGUGCUGGUUCCUCAUCAUCGUCAGACCAACAACAAUUUGUAGUAAAUGUGAUGGAUAUUGAUAUCGACGAAGAGCAGGAAAAGGAAGCAAGAGAAUUUGAAUUGUAUCGACAAAACACUGUGCAAAGACUUGCAGAAUUAAAAAAGAAUUCGUCUUCGGAAAAGAUAUCCUCAACGACCAUCAUGACGAAUAGCUCGAAUUUAAAUAUUUCUUCAACUGAUCGGAACAACACCACCAAUAAUAGUGGAAAAUAUGUUUCGACAAUUGUCAAGUAUAAUCAAUUCACGAAUAAUACAAAUAUACAACGCAAUGCAUCAUCCUCGCCCAACGCCACCACAAGUCCGAGCGUAUCGCUGUUGGGAAUUCCUAAUACUAAGAGACCCCCUGGAUUUGUACCACAGAAAUUCAUCCCACCUCCCCGAAAGGACUCACAAAAUUCUCAAAAAAGUUCAGCAGACUCGGCAACCAGCAGUGGCAAUAACAGUCAAACCAUGAACUUUGCCUUAAAACCACCAAUCAGUGACACAUUAGACACUACCUCAACAACCUCAACUACCCCUGUGAAAAACAGCACUAUUACCAUUCCUCCAUUUACUUCAUCGUCACCCUCUUCAGCUACUUCCUCUAGUCCAUCAGCAAGCGUACAUACUGGCGAAUUUCAAAUUCCGUUUCCAAUGACAGCAACAUCAAUUACAGCCAAUGCUGUGCAAAAGAAAAAUCCAAUUACAAAACAUAUUCGAGAAGGAGUGUUUAAGGUAAAUUAUGUUCCAGAGUGGAAAUUGACAGAUUUCAUUCUUGGAAGACGUACAACAGCAUUAUAUGUAAGCUUGAAAUAUCACAUGACCAACCCAAGAUUUAUUUUGGAAAGAAUUCGAAAUUUUCACAAAACAGAAGUGUGUAAGAACAAGGCGUUCACAGUCAAAGUUGUGCUUGUGAACGUUGACGUAUCCAUAGAGGCCUCGAGCGGAAAUGCAUCAAAUAAUGACGAAACUAAACCAAAAAGUACACCCACCUUUGUUUCAGAGACUGCUCUCGAUGAAGCCCUAAUCGAAAUUACCAGAAUAUGCAUGUGGGGCGACUGGACCAUGUUGUGUGCAUUUUCAGACGAAGAAUGUGCUCUUUAUUUGGAAACUCUAAGAUACUGUGAAAAUAAGAGUGCGUCCACCAUCCAAGGCCCUAUUCAAGCAGUACCUAGUCUUUCCGCCUCAAUGUCCAACUCAAAUACUGCCACGAAAAAGAAAUCUGGAAGUAAAAAACGAUGGAGUAAGGAAAGAUACACUGGCUCUUCCAGUAGUGGCAGUUCUGGUACCAAUUCAGGAAAAGAAGUUGAAAAAAUUUCUCACACCGAAGAGGUUCAUCAACUUUUUGCCGUCUCGUUCAAAAGAACUCUCAAUAAGAGAGAUCAUGUUACUCUGUUGAACCAUUUUGGUUCUGUUAAGGAAGUUAUUCAAACAAGCGCAGAUGAGUUAACUGAUUUACCUGGAUUUGGAAAAAAGAAAGUGAAGCGUAUUAUUAAUCUCUUCCAAACACCGUUCAUUCCUGGAAAGGAGACAAAAAGCAGUGACAACACCACACCGAAUAGUGAGAAGAAGGAAUAUAAAAAGAAAAUUCAGUUAGUUCGUAAAACAAGAGCGUCACCAGCAUCCAGUAGCAGCAGUAAUAAUCAAGAAAGUGACAAUGAUGAUGAUGUGCUUAUUGUGAAUAAGGAGACUGGUGAAGAAGAAAAGGUUCGAAAAACCACAAAGAAACAAACCAACUUGAGCAUUUUCUUCAGUCAACCACAAACCAAGUUAGAGACCCAAGAUUCUGAGGAGGAGUAG